AUGUCUGUAACCACAACCACGAAUCCUGCAUCAGCGACAGUGCUGCAAGCACUCACUGAUUACGAUCUUCACCACAGCGGUGCCCCAGAGAGAUCAGGAACGCCAAGUCCUCCCAACCAACAAACGUCCCCAAAUGCCGAAACACCUGAAAAUUGGGAUACGGAGCAUCGUCGAGUCCCCCCCUAUAGACCUAUUGAUAGGAGUCUUUUGGGCCCCGAGAGACCGGACGGGGCGAAUCAUAUCGAGGCGACUUUUGUUCACUUGAUGUUGCACGGGGUC